GCGCCGCCUUGUUUUCUCCGUCGCUUGAAAUUCGAAUACCGAUUCCUUCUGAACCUUAUGCUAUUGACCAGUGGGUUGCGCUUCCUCUCUCCACAGCUUUCCCUCUCCUUUCUCUUUCGCCCUCGCCGGCAUCUCCGUCUCACCCUUUCCGGUGUCUCCUCAGGUUGAAUAACACCAUCGUUUUUGAGACUAAGCUAAUUAUUAAGUUUCGAUUGACUCUCUUGCUUUUGGCCAGCAAUGCAGAGCAGCUCGUCUACUACCCUCGCUUUGUACGGCAAGUCUUCUGCAGAAGCUGAAAUUGCCCAAUUACUGAAACAAAACGAAGCUAUUAAGCUCCCCGACAACACCCAAGUUUCGAUCUUGUUACAGUCGGAGGUUACUAAGAAACCAUUGGAAGAAGAGGAAGAGGCCUUCGAUGCCCAGUUGUUCAUGAAAUCUCUCUCCACGAAUCAGUUUGGUCGGUUCCUUAUCUGGUCUCCGCGGCUACCAUCUACCCACGACAUCGUCUCUCAUAAUUUUUCUGAGCUUCCUCUUGGGACAGUUUGUGUUGCUGAUGUUCAGUUCAAAGGGCGAGGUCGGUCCAAGAAUGUAUGGAAAUCUCCAAGAGGAUGCCUUAUGUUUUCUUUUACGAUGCAAAUGGAGGAUGGAAGAACUGUGCCUCUGGUUCAAUAUGUGGUGUCUCUGGCUAUCACGGAGGCAAUAAAAGAUGUCUGUGACAAGAAUGGCUUUCCCCCUAUCAAUAUUAGAAUCAAGUGGCCAAAUGAUUUAUAUUUUAAUGGACUGAAAGUUGGAGGCAUCUUAUCGACAUCAACAUAUAGAUCAAAGUUCAAUGUUAGUUCAGGUAUAGGUUUGAAUGUUGAUAAUGAGAAGCCUACAACAUGUUUGAAUGCAAUACUAAAAGAAUUGUCUGCUGGUGCUGCUUGUGCUAACCAGUUUAGAAGAGAAGAUAUCAUGGCUGCCUUCUUUAAUAGAUUUGAGAGGUUUUAUGACCUUUUUAUAAAUCAAGGAUUUCAUGCACUUGAGGAGCUUUAUUACCAAACAUGGCUGCACAGGUCAUGUGCUUCUUUCUUUUGUAAUUUUUUAAAACCAUUUUCAUCUAAGGCUUAUAUGCACAUAUUCUAUUAUGAACUUUUGUUGUUCAUUUUACUGAUUAUGGAGCCAGGGUCCUUGUAUAAAUCAGGUCUGCAGAUGGCACAUUAGAUGCAAUAUAUCUUUUGCAAUCUUUGCACAGGGUGGUGAAUUUUACAACUUGUUGACCCCUUCACUUAUAAUCCCAGAUAUACUGUUGCACUAAAAAGUGAUCCUAGGUUGUGUUAGUAUGAAGGGAAAAAACUGUUUUUCACUUUCUUGUUCACAUCUACAAUCAUCAAUGCUAGAGGGGUUAGCUUUCAUAUAUUUUUACUUGACUCUGAUAUCAUGUGCACGAAGUAGAGAAUACCUCAAGUGGUAUUAAUGUGGAUGGCCACCAUUUCCUUUAAGAAGGGUAAUAAUUGGCAGCUGAUUCUUCUAUAUAUCUAUUAAAUCCGUAGAAGCCUGAUGAAGUCUAAUUUUGGCAUGUAGUUGUCUCAUCAACUUGACAUUACUCACACUCAUGACUUACCCACCCAAUUACAUUGGGCAAAGAGUUAUUGUAGAGGAAAAGAAUGAGGAUGGAGUAGUAGAAAAUGUUGUCACUAUAAAGGGUCUGACAUCAUCAGGGUAUUUGUUAGCUAUUAGUGAAGAUGGUCAGAUGUGUGAACUUCAUCCUGAUGGCAACAGUCUUGACUUCCUCAAGGGACUGAUCAGAAGGAAACUUCAAUAAAGAAGAACAUUCUCCUCUAGCACUCUGCAUUAGCGGUGAACCAUCAUAUUGCAACAUCUGGAGAAGUUUCCAUGUUUCAUAAUCUUCCAUCCCAGCACUUAACACUCUAUUUGGAUUGGGGAAGUUGGAGGG